AUGGCGGUGCGCGGCGCCAACACCUUGACGCCCUUCUCCAUCCAGGCGAUCCUCAACAAGAAAGAGGAGCGCGGCGGACUGCCCGCGCCCGACGGGCGCCCGGUGCCUGGGGGCACAGCUGUGGCGGUGUCUGCGGCGCCCGCCGUCUGCUGUUGGAGGCUCUUUGGGGAGACAGACGCGGGCGCGCUGGGGGGCGCCGAGGACUCUCCGCUGGCGUCUCCUGCCGGGGCCAGAACGGCUGCGGGGCAGAACGCAGAGAGCCCAGGCUGGGACUCGGACUCCGCGCUCAGUGAGGACAACGAAGGCGGUCGGCGCUGCGCGCACGCGCCGGGGGCCAGCGGAGCCGGUCGUGCGGGGGGGACCCUGGGUCUCGGCCAGCCGGUCUGCGAGCUGCCCGCCGCCAAGGACCUGGAGGAGGAAGCCGCGGGCCGGAGCGACAGCGAGAUGUCGGCCAGCGUCUCAGGUUCGCAGAGGCUGGGGGAAAAGGGCCGGGCCGGGCGGAAGGGCUGCGCACCGAGAGCGACUUCGCGGAGCCGGGUGGGUGGGCCUGCGGUCCGCGCUCUGCGCCCUCGGGCCGGGCUGGGGACUCACUCGAAGCUGGCGGCGGGCGGCCGGGAGGACGAGGAGCCCGCGGCGCCCAAACCACGCAAGAAGCGCUCGCGGGCGGCCUUCUCCCACGCGCAGGUUUUCGAGCUGGAGCGCCGCUUCAACCACCAGCGCUACCUGUCGGGGCCCGAGCGCGCCGACCUGGCCGCGUCGCUGAAGCUGACGGAGACGCAGGUGAAGAUCUGGUUCCAGAACCGUCGCUACAAGACCAAGCGCCGGCAGAUGGCCGCGGACCUGCUGGCCUCGGCUCCCACCGCCAAGAAGGUGGCGGUGAAGGUGCUGGUGCGCGACGACCAGAGACAGUACCUGCCGGGCGAGGUGCUGCGGCCGCCCUCGCUGCUGCCCCUGCAGCCGUCCUACUACUACCCCUACUACUGCCUCCCGGGCUGGGCCCUCUCCACGUGCGCGGCCGCGGCGGGCACCCAGUGA